UGAAAUGGCAGCUUUUAUUUUUUUGGUUUUGUAGUUCUGAACCCGGAAGUGUUCUGCUCGGUCGGAGCACUGCAGCUAAUCUUUCGACCUGCUGAUCUUCACCAGGCUGAAUCCGUCUCUGGAUGCUGAACGUCCGCGCUCUGCUGGGGAUCGGCUUCCUGGUGACCUCGCGACCUUGCGCGGCCUCUCUCGCUCAGGCGGGGUCAUGCUCUGUGUCUGCUGCAGCUGACCGCCACAGGAGCCACUGUUUGACGGGCAGAGCGGCGUCUACGAUGGCCCACGCCGUCAGACAUCUCGGGCAGGAGGAGGCCCAGAAGAUCGACGAGGAGCUGUUCAGCGAGUACGGCUUCAGCGUGGAUCAGCUGAUGGAACUGGCCGGACUCAGCUGUGCCACGGCCGUCACACGGGCGUACCCGCUGUCCUCUCUGGUCAAAGCCAGACCGUCUCUGCUGGUGAUCUGUGGACCAGGAAACAACGGCGGCGACGGGCUGGUCUGCGCCCGACACCUCAAGCUAUUUGGUUACGAGCCGACCGUCCUGUACCCGAAGCGGCCCAGCAAGCCGCUGUUCCAGGGUCUGACCACGCAGUGCGAGAAGAUGGAGAUCCCCUUCCUGACGGAGAUGCCUGAGGCGGAAGUGAUCGAUGAGGCGUACAACCUGGUGAUCGACGCCAUCUUUGGCUUCAGCUUUAAGGGCGCCGUGCGGGAACCGUUCGGUUCCAUCCUGGACGUUCUGAAGAAGACCACGGUUCCUGUCGCCAGCAUCGACAUCCCAUCAGGUUGGGAUGUGGAGCAGGGCAGCGCCGACGGCCUGCAGCCCGACAUGCUCAUCUCUCUGACCGCGCCGAAGAAAUCCGCCUCCCUGUUCCGAGGCCGGUACCACUUCCUGGGAGGACGCUUCGUCCCGCCCGCCCUGGAGAAGAAGUACCAGCUCCACCUGCCUCCGUAUCCCGGCACAGACUGCGUCUUACAGCUAUGAGCUGAAAAACUCCUGAUCCGUUUUGGCUGUUUUGCCUCCUGUGAUCCAGAAGUUUCUCCUCCAGAUCAGCAGUUCUUUGGUUCUGGUUGCUCCUCCUCAGUUUCAGGCUCUCUUGUUGCUCCUGGGGCGAAUAAAGCUUCCCUGAACGCUU